CUUGCCGUGCGUCCACCGGAAGUGCCCGCCCGGCAGGUGACAGCCGCGGGGCUCAGAGCGACCGGCUGCACCGACGCACCGGGGGAGCCGGAGAAGGAGGCCGCGGACAUUUUGCUGCUAAGCCGAACCGAGGGGUGACACCCGGAGCCGUUUGGACCUAGGGAGUCCGGCCACUAAUAAGGAACCAAAAUGACUGACUCAAAAUACUUCACCACAACUAAGAAAGGAGAGAUCUUCGAGCUGAAGGCCGAGCUCAACAGUGACAAGAAGGAAAAGAAGAAGGAAGCAGUAAAGAAAGUGAUUGCAUCAAUGACCGUGGGCAAAGACGUCAGUGCCCUCUUUCCGGAUGUGGUGAACUGCAUGCAGACAGACAACCUGGAACUGAAGAAGCUGGUGUACCUGUACUUGAUGAACUAUGCCAAGAGCCAGCCUGAUAUGGCCAUCAUGGCCGUCAACACCUUUGUGAAGGACUGUGAAGACCCCAAUCCCCUCAUUCGGGCCCUGGCAGUGCGGACCAUGGGCUGCAUCCGAGUCGACAAGAUUACAGAGUACUUAUGUGAGCCACUCCGGAAGUGCCUGAAGGAUGAGGAUCCAUAUGUGCGAAAGACAGCAGCUGUGUGUGUCGCCAAACUCCAUGACAUCAAUGCCCAGCUGGUGGAAGACCAGGGCUUCCUGGACACCCUUAAAGACCUCAUCUCUGACUCCAACCCCAUGGUGGUGGCAAAUGCAGUGGCUGCUCUCUCAGAGAUUGCUGAGUCCCAUCCCAGCAGCAACCUGCUUGACCUGAACCCACAGUCCAUCAACAAGUUGCUGACAGCCCUGAAUGAGUGCACUGAGUGGGGCCAGAUCUUCAUCCUAGACUGCCUGGCCAACUACACACCCAAGGACGACCGCGAGGCCCAGAGUAUCUGUGAACGGGUCACACCCAGACUCUCCCAUGCCAACUCUGCUGUAGUGCUGUCUGCCGUGAAGGUGCUGAUGAAGUUCAUGGAGAUGUUGUCCAAGGACCUGGACUACUAUGGCACUCUGCUCAAGAAGCUGGCCCCACCCCUGGUCACUCUGCUGUCGGCGGAGCCAGAGCUGCAGUAUGUGGCCCUGCGCAACAUCAACCUCAUUGUGCAGAAGAGGCCCGAGAUUCUGAAGCACGAGAUGAAGGUUUUCUUUGUGAAGUACAAUGACCCCAUCUACGUGAAGCUGGAGAAGCUGGACAUCAUGAUCCGCCUGGCCUCCCAGGCCAACAUUGCCCAGGUGUUGGCAGAGCUCAAAGAAUAUGCAACAGAAGUGGAUGUGGAUUUUGUACGGAAAGCUGUGCGUGCCAUUGGCCGCUGUGCCAUCAAGGUGGAGCAGUCUGCAGAGCGCUGUGUGAGCACACUGCUUGAUCUCAUCCAGACCAAGGUCAACUAUGUGGUCCAGGAAGCCAUUGUGGUCAUUAAGGAUAUCUUCCGCAAGUACCCCAACAAAUAUGAGAGUGUGAUUGCCACACUGUGUGAGAACCUGGACUCCCUGGAUGAGCCCGAGGCCCGGGCUGCCAUGAUCUGGAUUGUGGGCGAGUACGCAGAGCGCAUCGACAAUGCAGACGAGCUGCUGGAGAGCUUCCUGGAGGGCUUCCACGAUGAGAGCACCCAGGUCCAGCUGCAACUGCUCACAGCCAUUGUGAAGCUCUUCCUGAAGAAGCCCACAGAGACCCAGGAACUGGUGCAGCAGGUCCUCAGUUUGGCUACUCAGGACUCAGACAACCCGGAUCUGCGAGAUCGUGGCUACAUCUACUGGCGCCUGCUCUCCACGGACCCAGUGGCUGCCAAGGAGGUGGUGCUGGCCGAGAAGCCUCUCAUCUCCGAGGAGACAGACCUCAUUGAACCCACACUGCUGGAUGAGCUCAUCUGCUACAUUGGCACGCUGGCCUCUGUCUACCAUAAGCCACCCAGCGCCUUUGUGGAGGGCGGCCGGGGUGUGGUGCACAAGAGCCUCCCACCCCGCACUGCCUCGAGUGAGAGCACAGAGAGCCCUGAGACAGCCCCUGCAGGAGCCCCUCCUGGAGAGCAGCCUGACGUCAUCCCCGCCCAGGGCGACCUGCUAGGGGACCUCCUCAACCUGGACCUCGGCCCCCCAGUGAGCGGUCCACCAUUGACCACCUCCUCAGUGCAGAUGGGAGCUGUGGACCUUCUCGGUGGUGGCCUGGACAGCCUGAUUGGGGACAACAACUUUGGGGCACCCCCAGCAGCAGCAGUACCUGCCAGAGUAGGUGCACCCAUCGGCAGUGGCCUAAGUGACCUGUUUGACUUGACCAGUGGUGUGGGUACCCUGUCAGGCUCAUAUGUGGCCCCCAAAGCAGUCUGGCUCCCUGCCAUGAAGGCCAAAGGGCUGGAGAUCUCAGGCACCUUCACCCGCCAGGUAGGCUCCAUCUCCAUGGACCUGCAGCUGACCAACAAGGCCCUGCAAGUAAUGACAGAUUUUGCCAUCCAGUUCAACCGCAACAGCUUUGGCCUGGCCCCCGCCGCCCCACUCCAGGUGCACGCGCCUCUCAGCCCCAACCAGACUGUGGAGAUUUCCCUGCCUCUUAAUACAGUGGGCUCAGUCAUGAAGAUGGAGCCUCUGAACAACCUCCAGGUGGCUGUGAAGAACAACAUCGAUGUCUUCUACUUCAGCACCUUGUACCCUCUGCACGUCCUCUUUGUAGAGGACGGGAAAAUGGACCGGCAGAUGUUUCUGGCCACGUGGAAAGACAUUCCCAAUGAGAAUGAAGCCCAGUUCCAGAUCAGAGACUGUCCUCUCAACGCGGAGACUGCAAGUAGCAAGCUGCAGAGCAGCAACAUCUUCACCAUUGCUAAGAGGAAUGUAGAAGGCCAGGACAUGCUCUACCAGUCCCUGAAGCUCACAAAUGGCAUCUGGGUGCUGGCGGAGCUGCGGAUCCAGCCCGGCAACCCAAGCUUUACGGACUUGGAGCUGUCGCUGAAGUGCCGAGCGCCAGAGGUGUCCCAGCACGUGUACCAGGCCUACGAGACCAUCCUCAAGAACUGAGGCCCUCCAGUGCCCGCCCCAGCCUCCGCCGGCCCUGUGCAGUCCCUGGGGGGUUGGUGGCACUGCCUUCAUGUGGGAAGGGACCGGGUAAGGGCUCCUUGGAGGCUCCCUGGUCCUGACAGCAGGCACACCAGACCUCCUCUGCAGGUGCCCCCCCCCUUCUGGGGUGAAAUCUCAGUGCACCCUGUUUCCAGUGGCCCCUAUUCCAUUGCUAUGACAUGAGUCAGGUGAAGAGAGGACCAAAGGAAACAGCCAAAGCAGAAGCUGAACGGCGGGUUUCAGGACCCUCCCCAAGAUGGGUGGGCACAGGACCCUCAGGUUCCCAGCCCACCCUGUCCUGGGGGUGGGGAGAGCCCUGGGCAGUAGAGCUGCUCCCCAGGGUCUAGGUCCAGGUGUCAAAGGUGUUCACAGGAGCAGAGCUGAGCAGAGAGGACCCUGGGCCUGCGCCUGCCAGCUGGUGUCCUGUGGCCGCCUGCAGGGUCACAACCACACAGAAGCUGAGCCCUGCCUCACGCGGCCAGCCCUGCCCCGAGGAAGGCCACUACCUCCCGAACAUUCCUUGGUGUGCCCUCUGUGAGGCCAGGGUUCUUGGAGCAGAGCUGGGCCAGGAUGGGGCAGCAGCCUGUGAGGGGUCCCCCCAGCCCAUCUGCCUGACAGUGCUUUAGGGUCUACUGACACUGCUGUUUAAUAAUAAAGAUUCUGCUUUUGGCAGUCA